AUGACAAGGAACGUUCGGCAAUCUAUCGGCGUUCAAUGCUUUAGUGCAGUCACCAAGUCACUGUUUAAACAAUAUGUAACUACAACUACAUUUCAUGGUUACAAAUAUCUUGGAGAAAAUGGUUUGCAUUGGACAGAAAGGUUAUUUUGGUUGACUGUCUGCAUGAUUUCAAUUGUGGCGUCAAUAUUUUUAAUGAAAGCGAGCUGGUAUGAUUUUCAAAAUAACGCAUUGAGUUUUGUGGUAGAUACAAAUUAUUUGGAAUGGGAUACCAAGUUCCCAUCAAUUUCUGUUUGUGAAACAGAUAAUCAGGAUAAAAUUGCUUCGGCAUCUGAUAGACUAUUUGGAGAUCCACAUGAUUAUAAUCUAGACGAAGUAAUGAAGGAGAUGCUAUUUUUUAGAGGACUUUCUUACUAUACAAUACAAACUUGUGAAUCCGAAGAAAAUGUAGACAACUGUCUUGUAACUAAUGUCAACGUUUAUGAAUAUUUGGUCAGAAGUACAUGCAAAGAAAUUUUUUUGGAAUGCAAAUGGAACGAUAACCCUUUUAAUUGCUGCAAAUAUUUUACUGCACUUCACACAGAGUUAGGGCCAUGUUAUGCUAUUAACUCUUUACAAGCAAGAGACAAGAAGGCACCUUAUUUACCUUUAAUUUCAAAUAAAAAGUUUGGACCAGGUCGUUUAACGUUAAAAUUGAGAGGAACAUUAAGUCUUUACAUAAUGGGAGAGCAGGAUGUUCCGUCCAUUACUACCCUGCCGAAAGACAUUUUAGAAGUAUCACCCUAUAUUCAUUACAGGAGAUAUAUAUCAGUAAAGGAAAUUGAAAAUGAAAAGCAGGUCAGGUUUACGAGUGUGGAGCAAAGAAAAUGUCGUUUUAUAGACGAAAAUUAUUUGGAUGUGUAUGAAUACUACAGUUACAGUGCAUGUACAACACAGUGCAGGAAAGAUGCCCAGUUUCAAAAAUGUAAUUGCACCCACCAUUUAAUGCCUAAUACACAUAAUGGAAAAAUAUGCGAUGUCGACGGUUUGCAUUGCUUGCAUGAUAAUUAUAAUGAUAUCGCCGUUCUGAAAGCCGUUUGGGCAAAUAGAAAUGGGUUGGUUUGCGAAUGCUUGCCGAGUUGUACUGAAGUGGAAAUAACUACAAUUCGGGAAAGUGAAGAGGGCAUACUGGAUCCCUAUGCCAUUGUUGACAUUUCAUUGGAGAGCCUUCCAACUGAGAGGUUUAAGAGAAACGUAGUAAGAGGAAAAUUAGAAUUAGUUGUUUCCCUGGGGGGUGCAGCAGCGUUAUUACUUGGAGCCAGUCUUUUGAGUGUUUUUGAGUUUUUUUAUUUUUUUCUAUUAAGAGUCUUCAACACAGCAAGAAUGGUAAAGAAAGUGCAUUCUUAAGAAAUUGGAUCCAUCAUUUUCAAAAGACGUUUUAAUGGUUAGCUGAUUCCAGAAUUCCACAGCAUCAGCCAUAUCAGUUGUACCGGUUUUAGUUACAAGACAAAAAUGCAUUUUUGUCGAUUUUAUUCGAUAUCUUUAAAACACCGAAUAAAGUCAUAUGAAAUUUU